AUGGCUGCCUUUUCAUUUUCAUUCCUCCUUCUGUCGCUGCUUUGCCUUGCUGUGCUAGUUGAUGCUGCUGAUCUCUACAAGAUUCUCGAGCUAUCCAAAUCAGCUUCAGAGCAAGACAUCAGAAAAGCGUACAAAGGACUCAGUCGCAAAUAUCAUCCGGACAAGAAUAAGGAUCCAGGAGCGGAGGACAAAUUCGUAGAGAUUGCUCACGCUUACGAAAUUUUGUCCGACUCUACGAAAAGACAAAUAUACGAUCGGCAAGGAGAGGAAGGCCUGAAAGCACACGAAGGCGGUCAUCAGCACUAUGCAAAUCCAUUUGACAUCUUUCAGACCUUUUUUGGAGGUGGUUCUGCCGGACAACAAGUACGACGAGGACCGACUUCGCUGAGCGAAAUGGAAGUCAAUUUAGCGGACAUAUACAACGGAGCGAGCAUAGAUUUCAUGAUCAAGAAGCGCAUCCUCUGUGACCACUGCCGAGGUACCGGCGCCGCCUCGUCGGCUGACAUCCACACCUGCCCGGCUUGCAACGGCGCGGGCGUGCGGAUCGUGCGGCAACAACUGUUCCCAGGUAUGGUCACGCAGGCUCAGGUGACGUGCAGCGAAUGUGGCGGGCGCGGGAGCACGAUCACGCGAAAGUGCCCGCACUGUAACGGCGCGAAGAUUCUCGACCACACGCAGCACUACACGCUCGAGGUGCCCCGCGGCGCGCCUGAGGGACACGAGGUCAUGUUUGAGGGUGAAGGCGACGAGAGCCCCGACUGGGAGGCGGGGGAUAUCGUCCUGCGGGUGCGCAGCCGCAAGGACAAGGGCGGCUGGAGGCGCAAAGAGAGUGGACUGUAUUGGAAGGAGACUAUUGGCAUCGAGGAGGCUCUGUUGGGCUUUGAGCGAAAUCUCACACACCUCGACGGACACAUCGUCCAACUGAAACGGCAAGGCGUCACACAACCGGGUUUCGUUCAGACCAUGAAGGGCGAAGGUAUGCCGAUAUUCGAGCGGGAAGCAUUUGGCGAUCUUUACGUCGAGUACAACGUCGUAUUGCCGACAGCGAUCUCUCCGGAUGUGAAACAUCGAUUACUCCAAGCUUUCCAUGUUUCUGCAGAGGACCAUACGAAAGAUGAGCUUUAG